AUGCUCUUGCAGAGCGCAGCCUGGCUGCUGCUGUUCGCCGUGCUCCAGCUUGUCCUCUGUGCCGAAGACUACUACAAGGUCCUCGGUAUCGACAAGAACGCCAAUGACAAGCAGAUCAAGUCGGCUUAUCGCCAGCUCAGCAAGAAGUUUCACCCUGACAAGAACCCUGGCGACGAUACCGCCCAGGGCAAGUUUGUCGAAGUCUCCGAGGCCUACGAGGCCCUUAGCGACCCCGAGUCGCGCAAGAUCUACGACCAGUAUGGACACGAGGGCUUGAAGCAGAGGCAGCAGGGCGGUGGCCAGCACCACGACCCCUUCGAUCUGUUCAGCCGCUUCUUCGGCGGAGGUGGCCACUACCAGAGGGGCCAGCCGCGCGGUCACAACCUCGAGAUCAAGGUCGGCAUCUCCCUGCGCGACUUCUACAACGGCCGCGAGACCGAGUUCCAGUGGGAAAAGCAACAGAUCUGCGAGGAGUGUGACGGCACCGGUUCUGCGGACGGGCAUGUGGACACUUGUGGCCAUUGUGGCGGCCACGGUGUGCGCAUCAUCAAGCACCAGCUGGCCCCUGGCAUGUUCCAGCAGGUACAGACACAGUGUGACGCCUGUGGGGGGCGUGGCAAGACUAUCAAGCACAAGUGCCCGGCUUGUAGUGGCAACAGGGUUGUCCGAAAGCCUACUCUGGUGUCUCUCAAGGUUGAUCGCGGCGCUGCGCGGGACUCCAAGAUUGUCUACGAGAACGAGGCCGAUGCCAGCCCAGACUACAUCGCCGGCGAUCUGAUCGUGACUCUGGUCGAGAAGGAGCCCGAUAUGGAGAACGACAACCCCGAACAUGUGGAUGGCAUCUUCUUCCGCCGGAAAGGCAACGAUCUGUUCUGGCGUGAGGUCUUGUCCCUCCGGGAGGCUUGGAUGGGUGAUUGGACUCGCAACCUCACGCACAUGGACGGACACGUCGUGCGCCUGAGCCGCAAGCGCGGUGAAGUUGUACAGCCUGGCCAUGUCGAGGCUGUCGAAAACGAAGGCAUGCCCAUUUGGGACGAGGAUGGCGACUCGGUCUACCACAAGACCCAGUUCGGCAAGCUUUACGUGGAGUACGUGGUUGUUCUUCCGGAUCAGAUGGAGAGUGGAAUGGAGAAGGAGUUCUGGUCCAUCUGGCAGAAGUGGAGGGGUAAGAUUGGGGUUGAUUUGCACAAGGACAGUGGACGGCCAGAUGCUCCGAUAUCCGACCAAGGACAGGAAAAGAAGGACGAAUUAUAG